CCCGGAAAUCACUCCUGAUAGCUAACGUUAAAUCUACUUAGCUAAGCGUCAUAUGAGCUGUCCCGCUUUAUUUAUUAAAAUAUGAACCGAAUUAAAGAGAAAUAAACCGGAUUAAGUAGGUGUUUAGUAUCUGAAGGCGGUGUUUUGUUGGCGGAAGUGAAUCAGCAGCGGUUUCUGCAGUGAGGCGAUGUUUAAUACUGCAGGCUAAAGGCUAAAUGCUAAAGCUGGAGCUGCUGUUUGUUUUGGUUGUGUUUUUCUGUUCGUGCUGCAGAAAAUCCGCAGAUUAUUGAAGAUUUCACAGGUUUAGAGCUGCAGGAAUAAAGUGUAGAGCAGGUUUAUCUCUGUAACUCAGGAGUUUCAGUGUAACUGAGGGAGAAUCUGAGCUGAGCUUCACUUUAAACACAUGAGUCUCUCACUGGUGGUGAUCCGCCUGGAGCUCGCAGACCAGUCUCUCCUCCCGCAGGGCUUCCAGUACUGCGCCGAUGAGGAGAUGUCGGAGGAGGAGAUGAGAGAGAAAGCCCUGGGCUCGGCCCGGGUGGCCCUCGGGGGAAAGACGGAACUGGAGAAAGCUGCCGUCCUCCAUCAGCACAUCGGGAGCAGGGCCAUGUCGGACAUGGUGAUCGAGACCUUAUCACCCAGCACAGAAGCUGCAGAAGAGAAGGAGGCGGAUCAGUGCGUGGAGGACGGCGGGAGCAGUAGCGGUGGGAAGGAUCAGACUGACGGAUCUGCGGCGCCGGACUCGCCCUCCAAACAGCUCCCAGAUCAGAUCUCCUUCUACAGCGGGAACCCAUCUGUAGAGAUCGUCCACGGCAUCAUGCAUCUCUACAAAACCAAUAAGAUGACGUCUCUGACGGAGGACGUGCGGCGCAGCGCCAUGCUGUGCGUGCUCACCGUGCCCACCACCAUGACCAGCCAUGACCUCAUGAAGUUCGUGGCUCCUUUCAACGACGUCAUGGAGCACAUGAAGAUAAUCCGGGACUCCACGCCCAACCAGUACAUGGUGCUGAUCAAGUUCAGCACACAGGCUGAUGCAGACAGCUUCUACACGGCCUGUAACGGGAGGCAGUUUAACUCCAUCGAGGACGCGGUGUGUCAGCUGGUGUACGUGCAGAGGGCUGAGGUGAUCAAAUCUGAGGAGGGUGCCAGUUUACCAGUGAUGAAUCUGACUGAGCUGCCCAAGUGCACGGUGUGUCUGGAGCGCAUGGACGAGUCGGUGAACGGGGUUCUCACCACCCUCUGCAACCACAGCUUCCACAGCCAGUGUCUGCAGCGCUGGGAGGAUGCCUCGUGCCCGGUGUGCCGGUACUGCCAGACCCCCGAGCCGGUGGAGGAGAAUAAGUGCUUCGAGUGCGGAGUGCAGGAGAAUCUGUGGAUCUGUCUGAUCUGUGGGCACAUCGGCUGCGGGCGCUACGUUAGCCGUCAUGCGUAUAAACACUUUGAGGAGACGCAGCACACUUACGCCAUGCAGUUAACCAAUCACCGCGUCUGGGAUUACGCAGGGGAUAACUACGUGCACCGGCUGGUCGCCUGUAAGACGGACGGGAAGAUGGUUCAGUACGAGUGUGAAGGAGAUUCCUGUCAGGAUGAGAAGAUUGAUGCUCUGCAGCUGGAGUAUUCCUAUCUGCUGACCAGUCAGCUGGAAUCUCAGCGUAUUUACUGGGAGAAUAAAAUCGUUCAUCUAGAAAAAGAGACGGCUGAGGAGAUCAACAACAUGAAAGCCAAGUUCAAAGAGACGAUUGAGAAAUGUGACAACCUGGAGCAGAGACUGAACGAGCUGAGCAAAGACAAACAGAGCGUGGAGAAGAAGUGCACCCAGCUGAACGGGAAGGUGACGAAGCUGGUCCAGGAGCUGAGGGAGGAGCAGGAGAUGAACCGCUGCCUGAGAGCCAAUCAGGUGCAGCUCCAGACGCAGCUGCACGAGGAGGAGAGGCGGGGCCAGGAGGCCGCCGCCCAGAAAGACGUUCAGAUCGCCGAGCUGCAGGAGCAGCUGCGCGACAUCAUGUUCUACCUGGAGACGCAGCAGCAGAUCGACCAGAUGCCGGCCGACGCCCGACAGGAGAUCCAGGAGGGUCAGAUCAACAUCGCCGCGGCCCCCCAGCCCGGGCCCUCCGCCGCCGCCAACUCCAAGCUGGGCAGGAAGGGGCGGGGCCGGAGGGGGAAGUAGGGCGUUAUGCCGUUAAUGACAGACUGCUUCAGAUUUCUGACUGGUCACAUGAUCAGCUGACUGCCCGCCCCCGGGACUGUGGCUGCGGGUACGAGGCUGAUUAAACACAGACUAACGAACCCUCCAAUCACAGCCUCUCAAUUAUAAUCAUCAUACACAACAAAGUUUUACACUAUUAAAAUAUCAAACUAUUAUUAUAUUCAGACUUUCAACCCAAAUCUGAUCCAGUCAAAAAAUUUAGACACACUUUCAUUCUCUUUCAUUCAGUUGUUCUUUUCUGUUUAUGAUUCUUUUACAUUAUAAAUUUAAUAUAGAACACUACAGGAUGCAUCUCAAAAAGUUUGAAUAUCAUUGAAAUGUUACUUUAUUUCAGUUAAAAAUGUGAAUCUCAUAUAUUAUAUAGAUGUAUUAAACAUAGAGUGAUCUAUUUUAAGCGUUUAUUUCUUUUAUUGUUGAUUAUUAUGGAUUACAGUCAAUGAAAACCCAGAAAUCAGUGUCUCAGAAAAUUAGAAUAUUAUAUAAUAAGACCAAUCUGUACUUUUGUCAGUGUGGGCAGUGUGCCAAGUCCUGCUGGAAAAUGAAAUCCACAUCACUGAUCAUCAGUAAAUUUUACAUUUCAUUUGUAAAUCAAGGGUCUGGAGGAAGAGUGGAGAGACACACAGUCCAAACUGCUCGAGGUCUAGUGUGAAGUUUCCACCAAUCAGUGAUGGUUUGGAGAGACAUGUCUGUCAUCUGCUGGUGUUGAUCCACUGUGUUUUAUUAUCAAGUCUAAAGUCAGUGCAGUUUUGUUUUCCCACAAAAUCUUACAGCACUUCAUAUCUUACAGCUUCCCUCUGCUGAAAACAACUUUUAUGGAGAUGAGGAUUUUAUUUUCCAGCAGGACUUGGCACACUGCCCACACUGAUAAAAGUACCAAUUGGUCUUAUUAAAUAAUGUUCUAAUUUUCUGAGACACUGUUUCUGUGAAACACACUCUGGGUUUAUUACAUAUAUAUAAUAUAUGAGUUACACAUUUUUAAACUGAAUUACUGAAAUGAAGUAACUUGUCAAUGAUAUUAAAAUAGUUUGAGAUGCACUAGUAUUUACUAAAUAUCAGAUCUGGGCUGAGAGUCUGAAACACAGCUGUAUAUAUAUAUAUAUAGAUAUGCUGCAGGACGAUGUUCCUCCAGGACCGAGGUGAGGAACCAUAAUCUAAUCUAAUCUAAUCUAAUCUAAACCUCAUGCAUAUCUGAUCUCUAAUCUCUUCAGAAAUCUCCUGAACUGAACUGGAAUAAAUGAUUAAAGGCUGGUUCUGAUGGAGAGGGUUCUCUAAACACGGCUGAUCUGGAUCUGAACGCGUCACAGAGUUUAUGUUUAAACUGUUUUUUGAUUUUUGUUGUUUAAUUUCUGUUUUUUUGUUGAUUUAUGUGGCAAAAAAAGUCCAAAUCUGAUUUUUUUUUCUCUAUAAGAGAAUUUAGCACAGUAACACUAUGAGCAGAAGUGUGGAGGUAUUAUCUGUACCAGUGUGUGUUAUUCUGAAUAACUCGUUUACCUUCUAUUGUGCCUGAAAAAAAAGACACAGUUCAUACUUUUCUAAAGCCAAAAACUCAGAAAACUCCAAAAACUGAAGUAUCAUUGUGUUUGAUCCACAGUAAACCCACAUCUCCGAAAAGUAACGUCCACAAUCGUUUAUUAAUGUUCUGUUACAACUGUUUUUUCUGCUUAUUUAAUGUAAAAUUGUUUAUUUUCUUUCUCCAGUUUGCCUGUACCUCUCUCUCCUUCUGUAGCAGGAGCUGUACCGGUACCUCAGUAGCACAAAAAUACAAAAAUAUUCUUAAUUCAUUAAAGUUUUUGAGUUAAAUAUUUGAGAGAAUUGCUCAAAACUAAGACCCCGUUCACACCUGAUCAUUGAUCUGUCUUUAGUAUUAGGAUUAUAUCUAAUAAAACAAAAUUAAUGCACAUAAAUUAAACAGAAUUCAUUACAUUUCAAUAAAUUUGCCACUUUUUAGACUGUCGCAUAAACUAAACAGCUUUAAAAGAAAGUAGAUAAAUUAAAAAGAAACUGCAGUUUAAAAACAUUUAAUAAAAACAGAACAUUUUUAACGCCCACCUUAUAAUAAGUAUCUGUAAUAACUGGGUAGUUACUUUUAACUGCGUAGUUAUUUUUAAAUACAAUCACAGCCCUAAUUACAUACCACAAAAAAAGCUGAAAGAGAAAUAUAAAUACAUUUAUACAUCAUUUAUUCUACUCACGUCAGUAUUGUUGAUGACCUGUGUAAUUACAUAACCUGAAGACCUGUAACUACGUGAACUUCACCAGUAGUUACACUGUUAUUACAUGUAUUGUUAACGUGUAACUACAAAAUUAUUAAAGAGACUUAUUAUAAAUUGAACCCAGCUCACACACACAAAAAAAAAAACAAUAUUGUUCAGUAUAAAUGGUUUGAUUUUUAAUGUAUUUUUGAUUUUUUUGUAUCAGUCUCUACAUUUUUGGCUAAAUAAUUGAGCAAAGUUGCCAAAUAUAUAUAUAUAUAUAUAUAUAUAGUAAUUGCUUUUGUUUGAAAAGUAAGAUUGAAAACAUUUAGCCUAUUUAAUCUUUAAAUUGGUAAAAACAGUAAAAAAAUAAAUGUUCUGUUUUUGUUACUAUUUAAUUUUGUUUGGUUUUAGCUCAAAACUAAGUUUUGAUGCACCUGCACUAGUCACAUGACGAGAUCAGGUGUGAACAGGGUCUGAAAGAUAUAGAAUUGUUUGUAUGUUUGAUCUGAAAGUGAGAUCGAACCUCAGUAAGAAGAAGUUUAAGGUUCAUUGUUUAUUUAAUUGAUUAUUGAUUAUGAAAGCUGAUGGAAACAGUAUUUACCUGUAAUGUAACAGAACUGCAUCCAUUAAAUAACAAACACUCUGUA